AUGGCUAAUGUACUUGAAAAAAUUGCCAAACUCGCCCUCCCACUUGGGGCGGCAGCUAGUUUAUUCCAAUAUAGUAUUUAUGAUGUUCAAGGAGGACAUCGUGCUGUGAUAUUUGAUCGUAUUAAGGGAGUUAAGGAAAGGCCAGUCGGUGAAGGUACACACUUCCUCGUUCCUUGGUUACAACGCGCUGUUCUAUAUGAUGUUCGUACAAAACCUCGCAAUAUAUCUACAACAACUGGGUCAAAGGAUAUGCAGACUGUCAGUUUGACUUUACGCGUUUUACAUAGACCUGAUCUUGACAAAUUAUCUGAAAUUUAUCAAUCUUUGGGUAUGGAUUAUGAUGAAAGAGUAUUGCCUUCUAUUGGCAAUGAAGUAUUAAAAGCUGUUGUUGCUCAAUUUGAUGCAAGUGAAUUGAUUACACAGCGUGAAGUUUCUUCAAAAAUACGUGAAGACCUUGUAAAAAGAUCUAAAGAAUUUAACAUUGAACUGGAAGAUGUUUCUAUUGUAUAG